UCUCAGUACAGCUACUUGGAGAAGAUGACGGAUUUGGUGGCGGUUUGGGAAGUAGCUCUGAGUGACGGCGUUCAUAAGAUCGAAUUUGAGCAUGGGACCACUUCAGGAAAGCGAGUCGUCUAUGUUGACGGAAAGGAAGAAAUAAGGAAAGAAUGGAUGUUUAAGCUAGUGGGUAAAGAAACGUUCACAGUUGGAGCAAGCGGAACAAAAGCUACUAUCAACAUCGAUGCAGUCAGUGGCUUUGCCUAUGAAUAUACUUUGGAGAUCAACGGGAAGAGCCUCAAGAAGUACAUGGAGAACAGGUCAAAAACCACCAACACUUGGGUACUGAGCUUGGGUGGUACAGAGUACAGGGUAGUUCUCGAAAAGGACACUAUGGAUGUGUGGUGCAACGGUCAGAAGAUGGAAACAGCGGGUGAAUUUGUAGAAGAUGGGACUGAAACUCACUUCACCGUCGGCAAUCACAGCUGCUGCAUUAAGGCCGUCAGUAGUGGGAAACGAAAGGAAGGAAUUAUUCAUACCCUUAUUGUGGAUGACAGAGAAAUCCCAGAGGCUGUGGAGUAGCCUCUAACUGAUUAUUGUAGGACCAAGAUCAGGAAUUUUCAAUUACUGUGGUAAUUAUUUUAUUACGUACUACUUGGUACAUCUAGUUUGUGCUGGGUUUAUUUUCUAGUUUCUGUAUAUGAA